AUGCCAGACGACAACCAACUGCUACAGCUAGCUAGCUAUCUAGCUGGUAACCAACAGAGCCGUAGCUCGGCUACGGCUUGGCAGUCGGUGACGACCGCCCAACGCUACGGAAGAAAGAAGUUGAAUCACCAUGGCCUUUUAUUAAUUUUUCUCAUCUUCGAUCUUAAAACUUCUUCUAUAAUAUAUAAUAACAUUCUCCCAUCUUCUUCUUCCCCUCUCCAGGUCUAUGUCGGCGCCGUCAACAAGCUGUACCAGAUCUCGAGCGAUCUGAACAUCAUCGCAGCGGUCACGACCGGUCCGCACAACGACUCGAACGAGUGCUCGAUCCUCGAGUGUCCCACCGACAUCGUCCGGCGGCCGACGGACAACUGGAACAAGGUGCUCCUGAUCGACCACUCGGCCGGCAAUCUGAUCGUGUGCGGGUCGCUCUUCCAGGGUAUCUGCCACAUCCGGUCGCUGCAGAAUGUGAGCAUCAUCGAGCACGAGGUGCAGGAAGCGGUCGUGGCGAACGUGGCCAAUGCCAGUACGGUGGCGUUCAUCGCGCCGGGGCCACCGGUCCCGUCGGAGAACAACGUGUUCUACGUGGGGGUGACCUUCACGGGGAACUCUCCGUACCGGAGCGAGAUCCCGGCGGUGGCCAGCCGGAGUCUGGCUCGGGACAAGCUGUUCCAGAUAGCGUCGUCCGCGGUUACGACCGGAACGCGGAUAUUUGUCAAUUCGUACGCCAGGGAGUCGUUCCUGAUCAACUACGUCUACGGGUUCAGCUCGGAGCGGUUCUCGUACUUCCUGACCACACAGCACAAGAGCAGUGCACACAACACACCCAAAGAACUGAUCACCAAGUUGGUGAGGAUAUGUCAGGACGACUCGAACUACUACUCCUACACGGAGAUCCCCGUGGACUGCAUCAGUGAGAGUACGAAGUUCAACGUGGUGAACGCGGCGCACGUGGGGAAGCCUGGUCCAGAUCUGGCGGAGAAUCUCGGAAUCACCACCGAGGACGAUGUCCUGUUUGCGGUGUUCUCGGACAGCAACGACUCGAAAAAUGCCAACAAGUCCGCCCUGUGUAUCUACUCGUUGAAGGCCAUCCGUCGGAAGUUCAUGCAGAACAUCAAGUCCUGCUUCAACGGGAUCGGUCAACGGGGGCUCGAUUACAUCUCGAUCAACAUGGCUUGCGUUCCGACCAAGCUGCAAACCAUUAGUGAAGAUUUCUGCGGUCUCGACGUGAACUCCCCGCUCGGGGGUGAACAGGCGAUCGCCUCCAUUCCGGUCCUGUUGUCCGAGCUGAAGAUGACCUCGAUAGCCGUGACAACGACCUCCAAUUUCUCCGUCGUCUUCAUCGGGACGCUGACCGGGCAGCUCAAGAAGGUGGUCGUCGAAUCGUCCGCCUCGGCCCAGCAGUACGCCCUGAUGAACGUGGACGUCGGCUCCAAAAUCCAGCCGGAUAUGUAUCUGGACACUGUAAAAUAUGAUCUGUACUUGAUGUCAACGCAUAAGCUGUUUAAGAUUAAGGUCUAUGAUUGUUCGGUGUAUUCUACGUGUGUUGCGUGUCUAUCGGCGAAGGAUCCCUUCUGCGGAUGGUGUUCCCUAGAGAAUAAGUGUAGUCCGAAAAGUGAGUGUCAGGAUAAUUUUAAGGACCCGCUGUCGUGGCUGAGCUACAAGUCUGGCAAGUGUACGACCAUCACCAGCGUCAGCCCCAGUCAGCUGCAGCGGACCACCGCGCGGACGCUGGAGCUGAUGAUCGAGAAUCUGCCCAACCUGAAGGAAGCGCUGGUGUGUGCGUUCACCUUUGCCAACAUGGAGAAGCCCAUCAUCACCAACGCGACCAAGAAGCGGAACGGCGUCAACUGUACCACGCCUCGGACCGACCUGCUGCCGCAGAUUGGCUACGGAAAGAAUCACUUCAACGCGCAGCUCUCGAUCAAAACCUCCCAGGGGCCGGACAUCGUGUCAACGAAGUUCACCUUCUUCGACUGCAGCACCCACCUGUCCUGUACGCAGUGCGUCUCCUCGCAGUUCCCGUGCGAUUGGUGCGUGGAAGCCCACCGCUGUACGCAUGAUACGGCCGAGAACUGCCGCAACGAUAUCCUCGUAACGGGCAUCAGCCGCAUCGGGCCCAGCUACCGCUCGGGACCUGGGUUCUGCCCGACCAUCAACGUCACCAGCGACGGGCCGGAGAUCCUGGUGCCGGCCAAGUCCAAGAAGUCCGUCAAGGUCAAAGUGCAUAUCAUCGGUCAAUUCAUCGUGCAGACGCGGUUCGUGUGUCAAUUCAACGUGGAAGGUCGGGUGACCAGCGUCAACGCGCAACUCCUCGGCGAUACCAUCUACUGUGAUGCCAUGGAUUUCACGUACGCGGCCAAAACGCCGAAACUGACGGCGACCUUCGCUGUUAUCUGGGGCGGAUCGAAACCGCUGGAUAAUCCUAACAAUAUUCAUGUCGUAAUUUAUCGCUGUAGGGAAAUGGCCGAUAGCUGUGGUGUUUGUUUGGCGUUAGAUGACAAGUAUAAGUGUGGUUGGUGUUCGUCGUCUAAUACGUGUGAGGUAGAGGAUCAUUGUGGCAUUUCGGGCAAGGUGGAAGGUCAGGAGAAGAAGGACUGGUUGAACAACCAGCAGACGUGUCCCAAUCCGGAGAUUCACUCGUUCGACCCGAAGACGGGACCGUGGGAAGGCGGAACGAAUAUCACCAUUCGGGGUAUCAAUCUGGGCAAGAAGUUCGAGGACGUGUACGGGGGGAUCAAGAUCGCCGGAAUCGACUGUAUGCCGUUCCGGGAGCUGUACGUGCAGACGAAGGAGAUUGUCUGUAAGGUCGACGGACCGGGUGUGAAGAGUCACCGAUCGGGGCGGGUUGUGGUGCAGAUUUCAGAUUUCAGGGGUGAGUCAACGUAUGAUUUCGUAUUUGUCGAUCCGGAGAUUACGGACUUUGGACCGAAGUUCGGACCGAUCGCGGGCGGAACGAUCAUCAAGAUCGUGGGCAAGGACUUGAACACCGGCAGCCGGGUGAACGCGUUCCUCGAUCAGCAUCCGUGUAAGAUUUUAAGUACCGAUGAAAAUGAGGCUACAUGUCAGACAACGGAAGUGUCCAACCAGAUGCAAGCUAAGCUGCGGAUGGAGUUCGACAACGGCGCUCGGGAGUUCAACGGGGAUCUGUUUGAGUACGUGGCCAAUCCUUCGAUUGACUACGUCACAUCCGGAGACCCUGGGCAAACGAGGAUCGCUAGAGGUAUCCCAGCCGGAGGCAUCAAAAUCUACGUGAUGGGCCAGAACUUCUUCUCGAUCGAGAAACCGAGGAUCUACGUGUACUAUCGCAAUCAGAUCUUCCUGAACGAGUGCAAGUCGGUCUCGAACAAGGAAAUGCACUGCCUGUCACCGGAAAUCGAUCUCCAGGAGGACGAUACCUUCCAGUCGGACGAGCCACUACAGCUGGAGUACGGCUUCGUCAUGGACGAAGUGAAAUCGGUGCAGAAUCUUUCCACCAAGCUGGGCAGUAAGUUCGAACUGUAUCCCAAUCCGGUGUACUUCCGGUUCGAGGAGAACCUGAAGCACUUCAACAGCGAGUAUCUGACGAUCAACGGCCGGAAUCUGGAUCGAGCGUGCAAGGAGAGUGACGUCGUUGUUAGGAUCGGUGAUAAUGCCAUUUGUAACAUUACGUCGUUGUCGCGGCACCAACUAACCUGCCGACCGCCGAUGAACCCGGAUAACAAGAAGUAUAACGUGAAGGUGAUCAUCGGAGGAGCGCUAGAGUACGAGGUCGGUCAAAUGAGUUAUACCUCAGCUAGUAUACUGCCAAGCAUCAACAAUAAGGUUGUGGCGUGGGGUGUGGCCGUCAGUACGGUGAUCUUCUUCCUGAUCUUCAUCGGGCUGGUGAUCGCGUACAAGAAGAAGACCAGUGAGAACAAUCGAGUCCUGAAGAACAUGCAGGAGCAGAUGGACAUUCUGGAACUACGUGUGGCGGCCGAAUGUAAGGAGGCCUUUGCCGAACUGCAGACCGAGAUGACGGAUCUUGGAGGGGACAUCACUUCCGGAGGUAUUCCAUACCUGGACUACAGGACGUACGCAAUGAAGAUCCUGUUCCCGAAUCAUGACGAUCACGUGGUUCUGCAGUGGGAGAAACCAGAACUUCUCCGGAAGGAGAAGGGAUUGAGGCUAUUUGGGCAGUUGGUUAUGAACAAAACCUUUUUGUUGUUGUUUAUCCGGACGCUGGAGAGUAAUCGGUACUUCUCGAUGAGGGAACGAGUCAACGUUGCAUCGCUUAUCAUGGUGACGCUGCAGAGCAAGUUGGAAUACUGCACGGACAUUCUGAAGACACUGCUGGCGGAGCUGAUCGAGAAAUGUAUAGAUGGCAAGAGCCAUCCCAAGUUGCUUCUACGAAGAACGGAGUCCGUAGCGGAGAAGAUGCUGUCAGCAUGGUUCACGUUUCUGUUGUACAAGUUUUUGAAAGAAUGCGCAGGAGAACCCCUCUACAUGUUGUUCCGAGCGGUCAAAGGUCAGAUCGACAAGGGUCCGGUAGACUCGAUCACGCACGAAGCAAGGUAUUCGCUGAGCGAAGAAAAGUUGAUCCGGCAGAUGAUCGAGUUCAAGGUGUUGACGGUGUACGCCAGCAUAACGCAACCUCCAAUUUUGUGCAAUAAUAUCGAAAUGAUUCCGACCAAUACGGAGAACAUUCCGGUGAAGGUGUUGGACUGCGACAGUGUCGGCCAGGUGAAGGAGAAGUGCUUGGACACGAUCUACAAGGCGAUCCCGUGGAGUCAGCGACCGCGGAAGGAAGACCUGGACCUCGAAUGGCGCACCGGAAGCUCGGGCCGCGUGAUCCUCUACGACGAGGACUCUACCUCCAAGACUGAUGGCGAGUGGAAGAAGCUCAACACGCUGCAUCACUAUAGGGUAAACGACGGCGCCUGCCUCAGCCUGGUGCCGAAGGAAAGCUCCAUCUACAACAUCACCCUGAUAGGGGGCGACAAAUACUCGGAGAAAAUCCACAAAUACGAAACACUAAACAUAUCGAAGUACGUGUCCCCGUCGCCGCCGUUCAGCCGGGCCGGCAGCCCCAUGAACGUGGACAUGCAGGAGAACAGCAUCAAGUACUGGCACCUGGUCAAGCACCACGACAGCGACGGCUCCAAGGAGGGCGAACGGGUCAACAAGAUGGUCUCGGAGAUCUACCUGACCCGGCUGCUCGCCACCAAGGGCACCCUUCAAAAGUUCGUUGACGACCUGUUCGAGACGAUCUUCAGCACCGCACAUCGAGGUUCCGCACUACCACUAGCAAUAAAGUACAUGUUCGAUUUCCUAGAUGAUCAGGCUCUCUUGCAUGGCAUCACCGAUCCGGAGGUGGUGCACACCUGGAAGAGCAACAGUUUACCGUUGCGAUUCUGGGUGAAUCUCAUCAAAAAUCCUAACUUCGUGUUUGACAUCCAUAAGUCAAACAUAGUGGAUUCUUGCCUAUCGGUUGUGGCUCAAACCUUCAUGGACUCAUGUUCAACCUCGGAUCAUAGGCUUGGGAAAGACUCACCUAGUUCUAAGCUUUUAUACGCUAAGGAUAUUCCAUCGUACCGCGAGUGGGUGGAGCGAUAUUAUAGUGACAUUCGAGAGAUGGCCGCCAUAUCGGAUCAGGAUAUGAACGCCAUGCUAGCCGAGGAGUCGAGGCUGCACACGACCGAAUUCAACACGAACUGCGCCCUGCACGAGCUAUAUCAGUACGCAGUGAAAUACAACGAGCAACUGACGGUCACCCUGGAAGAGGACGAAUUCUCCCAGAAGCAGCGACUAGCCUACAAGCUGGAACAGGUACACUGUAUCAUGUCGGCAGAGUAGGCCGUGCAACUUCCUCACCACCACCUUCACCAUCAUCACCACCAACACUGAGCGAAAAUCGCUGUGUAAUUUUGCUAGGCUAGGUUCGCUAAAGUGAAUGCAAGCAAACAAAAAAGUAUCGAUGAAAACCCAUGUGAAACUGUAAGCUAAACGAAAAAAACAAAUAACAAACAUAUUAAGUGGAAAAAGAGUGUGAAAUUUAUUGUCGAAUGCAAAACCAAGCAAAAAAAAAAACAAACAUAAGCAUACAACAGUGUCGUAUAUUCUAUUUUUAACAGUCGCUUUAAUCGAGAAAACGAAUUGGAAUGGAUUCCUCGGAAGCAAUCCCAAAUUGGAAAACAAAAAUUACAACCAGCCACUACAAUUAAAACUGUGUCACUGUGUAAACUGUGUACGUGUGUAAACGGGCGCCGCAUCAUCGUUUUUUCUUGAUGCACACCACGAUUCGGAAACGGAAAACAGCAAAGAAUAAAAUGGAAAACUUUACAUUAGCAGCAACAACAAAAACAUCAAAACAAAAGAACAAAACACAACAACAACAUCAACACGCAACCAGACGAAGAAGGAGAAGAAGAAGGAAAAAAAAACGAAAAACGUGGACAAAUUCUUAUAAUAAAAAAUAUCUCAUAUAGCUCAAAAAAAAAACAAGAAAAGUCUAAAUGUAAUAAAAAUGAAAAUUGUGUAAUUGAUGUGUUAUAAGUUAUUACUAAAAUAUAAGCUGAUGAUUUUAUUAGUAAAACUACAAAAUGUC